UGGAACAGACCACUAUUAACCUGUUGCACCAGUGCAGCAGUGCAGCGAAAGAGAACAAUUCAAAGGUUAGGCUUUCCAAACACAAACAUGACUCGUUGAAAAUGAAUAAGAAUAAGCAAGUUGUCGGUGAUUCAGUUGCAUACAAAUUAUUUCAAUUCAUUGUUUUUCGCCGAACUAGAGUCUAAUCAUUUAUGUUAGAUUGGUAGCAUAAAUGACAUCAUGAUUACCGAGUUUGAGUACAAAAACACAGAGGAGAACUUUAUAAUGCCGUCGUUGUCAUCAUCGCCAUCGUCCGAAAUGGAUUUUGUGGAUUUUCGUCCGCAGAAGGAACUGGUGUACAAUAGAUUGUUGCCUUAUGCGAACGAGCUCGACGUGGAAUCACAACAAUGGCUCGCCGAGAUUAAGGGAAACUUAGGACGUGCGGUCAUGCUGCGUGAGCUCGCACCGGGAUGCAUCUUCUGGACGAGCAGAUUAAAUCUAUACAUAGAAUUAUAUGGAAUGAAGUUUAGUAAAGAGGAUCACAUAGCAUUUGUAAAAUUAAUGUACGAGCUCAUUACCAUACCGAAUUUGGAUCUCAACCUUAUCAAUAAAUUUUCCAAUACACUGAUCUUAUUAUUGAAGAAAAAGAAAUUAAUUAGUCCGGAUGAAUUAGAACUUCCAUGGAGACCUUUGUAUGAGAUUAUGGCACAUUGUUUGCGACGCAAUUCAAUUGGGAUACAUCGCCAUCUCUUGUGGUUAAAAACCACAUUGCACUGUGUGAUCUAUUCCGUAAAAACUUAUUUCUCUUUGAACGCUACGCAAGAAAUAUUAGACGAAUUAAGACCAAAGCUGUGUCCUCUUGAUGAAUUAACAAUGUGCACAAGCCUUCAGAUUUUAAAAUGUUUUCUACCGUUGCAACUGCCCCCUGAGCACUAUCCCAUUGGACAUUGCUUGUGGUUUGAUGAGUUUAUGACUAUGUGGAAGGUAUGCCACAAUAGUCCACAGUGGGAAAAUGAUAUGAUGUGUUUAAUGGCAAAAUUAGCAAUUUUUAAUAUUGGGUAUAUUGAUUGGGAGCCACAUGUGCCCUUUAUGUUUACUAUAUUUAUAAGGUGCCUAAAUCUGCCAGUAACAUACAAACAGACCAUGAACAACCUUAAUCAUAAAGUAGAAAUGUCAUCGAUUGCAAUGUGGGUAGUAGCGACUUUGGGAAAUGACUCGAGUACGCAAAUAUAUUUUGAAAAAUUUUUGAAAACCAUAGAAACGUAUUUUUAUCCAGCAAAUUUUGGACGAUGGAUGAAAAAAUUAAAAGAACUUCUUGUUAAACUUCCAUAUUAUUUUAUUACACGCUUACACAGAGAGAGAUACGCUAAACCAUCGUGGGAAACUCCAAUUCCUGAUAAAAACAAAUUAAACAAUUCCGACGUCGAUGCUUUUGUUAUGAAUAUAUUGCCAGUAGCUAUGACGGCUAUGUUCAACAAAUUUUGUAUAAACGAUGCUUGUCAAGCUUUACAAUAUCUAGCUACUAUGAGGCCGAGUUUGGUCAUACCGGACAUGUUGGAAAGAAUGCAAUCUACGUUUGAUUCCUUGACCGAACCGCAUAAACUUACGGCUUCGAUGAUUUGUAUGGCAUCUGUCGCUAGACCCAUGGUGCAAGGCUCCAGAAAUAUAAACAAAGAUUAUGCUUAUUCGGAAGGACCGAUGCAUGUGGUGCCGUUACUAUUCUCGUUGUUACCUGGAAUUGACCCGAAUGAUGUCGGAAAAACUUUUGCUACAUUUCGGCUUAUUUCCGUUUAUGCCACACUGAUUCCUAUCGUGGACUCCUCCAGAUCGACAGCUAUUACAACCGAGGAAGAGAGGAUAGUUUGCGAAGCGACAUCGCGCUUUGAAGACUUUGUAUUGCAGUUUUUGGACCGUGUGUUUAUGUUUAUUGAGUCCAGCUCGUCGGAGAACGUGCGAUUAGAGAACCACGGCGACAACUUGAAAAGCAAACUAGAGUCAAUUGCAGAAGUCGCACUCUCUGAUGUGUGCUCGAGUCUCCUACGGGAGAUCAGCGAUGCAAUUUUCAAAAACGCUUUGCACAAAUUGCGCACAUUCAUGACGGAACGGAUUUUGGAGACGAGAGUCGCCGGCCAGCUGGCGGCAAUCGUAUACAACAGCUUUUCCCACGUCAAUGGUCGCGAUACCUUGUGCUCGCUGCUGCCUACGCUUGUGCAGACCAUACUGUCGUUAGUAAGCGAGGAGGAUGUCUUGAGGGAAGAGAACCUGGACCAUCGUCUUCUGCACGCUAUGCUUGUACUGUCCGCGAUUGUUGAUACACCCGGCAACAAUUUACUACCGCAUAUGGACAUGAUACUUAAAGUUCUCGAUCGUGUUCUACUCCUAAGAUCGAUAGACGGCAACAAACUGGCCUGUCAUUUGUUGAAAAGAAUUUUGUCAUCAUUGUCAACGAUCACUCCGUGGCAUUAUAAUAGAUCCAAAAAUAGAGAUUACAAUGAUCCUGAUUAUCCUUAUGUUAGGGAAUGGGGUCAAAAUGUGAAUCUUGAUAAUUUCUACAUCAAGUGGUAUAUUCCCGAAAAAGAAGAAAUUGCUGCUAUGCAACGAAUAUUCUCGAGAUAUUUGCCAACUCAAAUUGACAAGCUUAUUAGAUACUGCAAAGAUACUAGUGCAUUUAGUAGGGAGGAACUACUGGCCAGUUUAAAUAUUAUAUGCAGUAUUAUCAGAGGUUCUGAAUCUGUUUUACCAGUAUGGACAGAAGAGCCACUUGAAUUGGUCAAGUCUUCCGUGAAGUGGAAUAUAUCUAUAACAUCCACUUGUGGAAUAAAAGGACAUGUUACGAUGCCCGAUGGCAGUAACGUUAAACAUUAUCUCACUGGGAUUAUGAAGCACGUUCAACGAAUAAUGCUUGAGAAUGCAGAGGACAACACGAAAAGUUUUUUUGGACUAAUACGGAUCUGGACCAGUCUGUUAUUAGGAAAAAUGCGAUUGCGCGAACGCGAUGGACGACGCAAGGGUUUUCUAGCUCUCAAAAAAACAUUUGAGGACAAACUGGUGGGAAAUAAGAAUCACAUAGCUUCAGUGAUAAUAGAUCGUUGCAAUAUUCAACACGAGCUGAGAUUGAUCACACAAUCGAUAGCACUUACAAAAACCCACAAACAAAUAAUACUGGAACUGUUCACUCUAGCCGUAAGCAGAUACGCAGACGUACGUUCCAAGGCUCAGGCUAGUCUUGUCACCGCCUUACAACAUUUCCCAUAUUCUUACACACUUAUAAUGCCGCAUCUUAUUGAUAUUUUGGGAAGAGAUACCGAAGAGCAUCACGAUGCAUAUAAGGGUGUUCUAUAUCUGCUGCUCAGCUCGCAACAUUCCUCUAUCAUCACGCAAGGAGACUUGAAUAUUAUGAUGUCACUAGGGCCAGCUAUUGUGCUUUCCAAGCCAUCCGAAAAGCUCUCUGUGAUCCGUUUAAAACAAGGCAUUGUAGAUACUAUAAGUAAGAAUUUCUGUCUAAAUAUGCUCGAGCUCAAGAUACCUGACAUGUGUUUGACGGCGGCGCGCGCCUUGUGGAAACAAUCACCGCAGCCGGUUCUACCUCAGCCCAAUCAGAAUGAAAUAGAGGAAGGCACAUGGAACUUAAAGCAACUCAAUCUGUCUAACCUGGGAACGUACAAUAAUUUACUCGACGAGCUUUUGCGUUGUAUACUUGAGGAGCCUUUACAUUGGCGGCACAGAUUAAUGGCAAUGACCUUUAUACGAGACUUGGUGCAUCCAGAUCAAGCUUAUUCUGCAAAAUUAGUACGUUACUUUUUGCAAGCACUUAUACACGAUUCUUUAGAAGAAAGAAGGAUUGCUACCAGAGUAGUAACAUUUAUGUUAAAACAACAAAAGCGAAAACAUUCAAAGGUAACAAUUAAUAUACCCAACUUUUCUAACACAAGCAUAAAAAACAAGGGAAACUCACAAAAUAUCAUACCCGGUUUAAGAGCAGACAAUACCUGGCUUCAGUAUAAUUACGAAACUUGUCCCUUGACUGCCAAACAAUGGGAUGAGCCCAGAUACGUUCAUCAGCCGUAUAUCGGUUAUUAUGUUUGGCCGAAGAUUUUAGAAGUGUACGCACCUUCGUCUCAACAACCCGAUCUUGAUCCGGAGACGCGCGAGUUGACGGAUUGCGAGCGAGAGGUUCAUACUUUCUUCGAUAAUUCACAAAAUAUCGAAAAGCUCAUAAAUUACUUUAGCCUGGAGGAAAAGAAAGGCAAAGACAAGUUCAGUGCACUACGGUGCUUUCUGUUCAAGGGCUUGUUUCGCAAUCACGGGAUCGUCUACCUGAAGCAUUUCUUGCCGCAUUUACAACGGUUGGUAACCGACAAACAUGAGAGUAGCCAGCGAUGUGCUGCAGAGAUUGCGGCCGGAAUCGUGCGAGGCGCCAAACAUUGGCCAUUCCAGAUGACGUGCGACCUGUGGCAGAAACUAUUACCAAUCAUAAGAAUCGCAAUCGCGAACCUAACAGAAGAAACUAUCGUCGACUGGGGUGUGUGCUUUGCAACGAUGCAGCAACACCGGGAUCCUAAUCGACACCAUUGGUUGCUCGAAUGUUUGAUGGAGGAGCCACCGUUGAAGGAUUCGUUUGUUGAGUGUGGCCGUCUUUACGUGCUGCAGGCCGCUCUGAAUCAACAGUCCUGGCGAGUGACGGAGUUGAUGCAACGCCUGCUGGCGCGCAUGGAGAAUCGAUUACUCACGAAUCCUUUCCAGAAUGUCCGAAACCGAUUAGCCUCCGUGCUGGUUACUAUUUUUAACGCCGAUCUGAGGUUCCCAUAUAUUGCAACUGAUACCGCGACCCCACGAGCGCAGAUUUUGAUCGAUAAGAUUGUUCCAAGUCUAGAACAACUUGUAAAGGACGACAAAGUGAUUAAUCCAGAUAAUUUUGAUAAAGAAAAAAAGAUGACUGACGUCUCAUUUGACGAAUCGAAAAGAGUAUUAGAAUCUAAAACGAAAGAACAAGAGAUGCCUAUAAGAUUGCUAAAAACCGUUUGCAAAUGGAUUACAAUUAGCUUGUCUUCUACGCACUACACUACAACUCCAGGAUUUUAUCGAAUAUUUCCAAUCAUAUGUCAAUUGGAAAGCUCAGAGGCAGACGAGGAGCUCAACAAGUUGUGCUUGAUCACUCUGGCAACGCUUGCACAAGCGUUUACGUUGUCAGAGGACAUGUCAGUGGUGUUGACUGCGGUAAAAACCGUAUCCGAGCACUUGUCUUGGUCCGUCAGAUUCACUAGUCUGGAGUUCCUUCAAGUUUUAGUCUUUCACAAUAUGGGGAUAAUUCUCAGCGAUAUGUCAUGGGUCAACUGCGUUAAGAAUAUUGUUCUGCAUUUGCUAGAGGACGAUCGUUUAGAAGUCAGGGAGAAGGCGAAUCAGGUGCUGGGCGGAUUGUUGCACUGCACAUUUAUCACGGAUCAAAACAAGUUACUGGAAGAGUUCAAAAGAAAAGCGAAAACUCGAUUGCAAAAAAAAAAUAAUUCUAUUAAUCACGACCCGUUAGAAAACAACAAGAAUGAUGCAAUACGCAUACGUCAUGGCGGUGUGCUUGGACUGUGCGCUUUUAUUCAAGCUCAUCCAUACGAUGUGCCCAAAUAUGUGCCUUCAAUCUUCGAACAUCUUAGCCCUCACAUGAAUGAUCCACAACCGAUACCGAUGACAAUAAGGAAAACUUUGAGCGACUUCAAACGGACACAUUACAAUGGUUGGACAGGGCAUGCCCAGUGCUUUACAGAAGAGCAACUAGCUGUUUUGCAAGAUUUAAUGGUACCACCACCGCAUUAUGCUUAAUUGGGGAUGAAAUUUUACAUUAUAAUUUAAUAAUAUGGUGUAUAAUUGCAGAAUUGACUAUUGUAAUAUUGAUUAAAAUGAAAAUCAUAUCCAUGAAAAAUGUACUCUAACCAUUAAAAAUUUAACAUGUGACAUGAAAUUUAUAUAUUGCGUUGAGACACUUUUUCACACACUCAAUUCACUCAUACUCACUCGUAGAAAGAAUGCAAAGCGAGAUUUCAGAAGAACACCAACUUUAUUAAACGGAACGGAAGUAAAUUUACGCCGCAUUCUCCACAGCCCAUCACAGAACUGUCACUUUUUAUUUAUUUACAAAUAUGUGUCGCUAUUAAAAUUAUCCCGGCAACUGGCCGAUCAAUA